AUGGAGGAGCCUGGGGCAGUUGCAAGCGCAAGGCUGAGAGGAGAUAAAACAUAUUAUUAUUUGCAGGAGGAAGAAAAUUCUCGAUCAAAAGCCCCACCCGAGCUUAGGGUUGCUUGGCGUGACCUGCCGUUCAGGGUUGAAGUGGGAGUGGGGUUCUUCAGCACAACAACGACCAAUGAAUGGAUUGUCUUUCAUUGUUUGCAUUCCUCAAUCAAUAACAACAGCAUCCAUCAAAGAAUGUCGCUGCUUCGUAGACCUCAGCCAUUAAACCUCCUGUUUUCAGGAAGUCGCUGGGUGUCAGUACCACCAUUCCCGCGAUUCAUUAGACAUCAGGCUUUCGACGCAUCUUUUGACGAAGAGCAGCUUAGUGAAGCCCGGAGAUGGCACCAGUCAUUCAAGAUUGACAGUCUUCCAGAAGGCAACACAUCGUUUGCCCGCUCAUCCGGUCCUGGCGGCCAACACGUGAAUAAGACGGAAACAAAAGCAACAACCACAUGGCCUGUUCCACAGCUACUAUCCAGACUCCCCAAACUGCUACAUGCUGGUGUUAGGGAAUCCAAAUACUUUUCCAAGCGGAGUGACUCUCUGGUUUUCCAGGCCCAGACCCAGAGAAGCCGCACUGCCAACUCGGAAGAAAACCGACAGAAGCUGUUUGACGAGCUCCAGCAGCUGUAUGAAGCCACCGUGCCAAACGCAACACGGCCAGAAAAAGCUGCCAAAUAUGAAGCACUGAAGAAGAGCGCCACAGAGACCAGGAUAAAAACCAAAAAGCACCAUUCUUCCAAAAAGGCCUACCGGAAGGGGGUUUCAGAAUGA